AUGCCUGAGACUCGCCGCCUGGUUGAGGCCGUCAACGCGCUAUCACGGAGCCUACGCGAACAUGGGAUUGUUCAUGCUUUCUACGGAGGCGCUAUGGUCUCGUUACUUGCCAAUGCCAGCCAGGCAGAUGAGGUUUACUGUAUCGUCCAGGGAGGAAACACCCAUCCCUUUCGCCGAGUGCGACAAGCACUUGAAAACAAUAAUGAGGACAUUAUGAUGACGCCUUCCCCGUGGAGCAACCGCCUUCACGCCAAGUAUCACCGGUCCAUCCCACCUAUCGAGAUCGAGAUACUCGUCGCCGGAGAAACAGGCCCGCGACGCAUCGACGCCAUGAAUGUCACUUAUCUACAUGGCGUGCCCUGGCUAUCCAUUACCGAGUUCGUGCGAGCUAAAUUGAAGGCCUGGACGGUGCGUGGCUCUGAACGCGAUGCGCGAGAUAUUGUCUUCGUGCUCAACAGAUACUGGAAUACGCUGGACAUCAAUCGCAUCCCCGAAAAUGACAUGGAGCGCUUCGUCGAGGUCGUCACCGUCGCCGAACCUGCUUGGACCGCUCUCAAAAGGAGGUAUAGUAUGUAA